AUGAGGACUGCUGCCCAGGAGGGAGAACUUCAGAUAGCUCUGAGGGACUGCUCCAAAGUGGCAGUGGGGGAAAGAAGACCUUCCACGGCAACAUGGCAUCUGUACUUUGUAUUUCAGGGACAGCUGACGUUCCCUGAUGUGGCCAUAGACUCCACUCAAGAGGAGUGGGAAUGCCUGGACCUCGGUCAGCGGGAAUUGUACAGAGAUGUGUUGUUAGAGAACUACGGGAACCUGGCCUCCUUGGGGCUUGUCUCUAAGCUGGACCUGAUCACGUUUCUGGAGCAAUUAAAGGAUCUCAGGAAUAUAAGGAGAAUGGAGACAACAGCCAUGUACCCAGCUAUGACUCCACAGGACACCCAGGAUUUGAUGCCGAAGAAUCCAACAUUAGAAGAUGUAUUCCCAAAAGCAAACCUAGGAAUAUGUCAAAUAUUUCAACUCAGAAACUUAAAUUUAAUGAAAGCCUGGGAAUAUACGAGAAAAGAAAACAAGUGUAAGAUAUGUGGGAAUGUGUUUAGUAAGCCAUCCAAUCUAAAUAAACAUAGGAAAAUUCAUACAGGAAGGAAACCUUUCAAAUGUACGGAAUGUAGCAAAGCGUUUAAACGUCACUCAGUUCUUACUCAACAUCAUCGAAUUCACACUGGAGAGAAACCUUAUAAAUGCACAGAAUGUAGCAAAGCCUUUACUUACAAUUCAAGUCUUAUUCAACAUCUGAGGAUUCAUACUGGAGAGAAACAUAAAUGUACAGAAUGUAGCAAAGCCUUUGUCUGUUCCUCACAACAAAUGGAUCAUCAGCGAACUCAUACUGGAGAGAAGACUUAUAAAUGUAAAGAAUGUAACAAAGCCUUUCAUAGUCUCUCACUUCUCACUCGACAUCAGCGAAUUCAUUUUGGGGAGAGACCUUAUAAAUGUAAAGAAUGUAACAAAGCCUUUAUUCAAUACUCAUCUCUAACCUACCAUCAGCGAAUUCAUACUGGAGAGAGACCUUAUAAAUGUAAAGAAUGUAACAAAGCCUUUAUCCGUUGCUCACAUCUUACCCAACAUCAGCAAAUUCAUACUGGAGAGAAAGCUUAUUGUUAUGCAGAGUGUGGCCAAACCUUUAUUUGUCAUUCAGAGUUAAUUGUACAUCAUCGAAUCCAUAAUGGGGAGAAAUCAUACAAAUGUAAAGAAUGUGGCAAAGCCUUUAUUACGAAUUCGGCCCUUACUCAACAUCACCAAAUUCAUACCGCGGAUAGAUGUUAUAAAUGUAGAGAAUGUGGAAAGGCUUUUAUUAAGGGUUCUAAUCUUACUAAACAUCAGCGAAUCCAUACUGGGGAGAGACCAUAUUCAUGUACUGAAUGUGGCAAAGCUUUUGCUUACAACUCAACGCUUACUCAACAUCGGCGAAUUCAUACUGGCGAGAGACCUCAUAAAUGUAAAGAAUUUAACAAAGCCUUUCCUCGUCUCUCACUUCUAACUCAACAUCAGCGAGUGCAUACCGGAGAGAGACCUUAUAAAUGUACUGAAUGUGGCAAAGCCUUUGGUCGCAACUCAACGCUUACUAAACAUCAGGCAGUUCAUACAGGAUGGAAUACUUUCAAAUGUACAGAAUGUGACAAAGCGUUUAAUCAGAGUUCAAAACUUAGUCAACAUCUGCGAAUCCAUAUUGGCCAGAAGUCUUAUAAAUGUAAGGAAUGUGGCAAAGGCUUUAGCCAGCACUCAAGUCUUACUCACCAUCAGAGAGUCCAUACACAGGAGAAGUCUUCUAAAUGUAAGGAUUGUGGCAAAGCCUUUAAACAGUGCUCAUGUCUUCAUAAACAUCAGGUAAUUCAUGCUGGAGAGAAACCUUACAAAUGUCAAGAAUGUGGAAAAGCUUUCAGUCAAUACGCAACUCUUAUUCAACACCAGCGAAUUCAUAGUGAUGAGAAGCCUUAUAAAUGUAAGGAUUGUGGCAAAGGCUUUAUUCAACGCAGAGGGCUUACUUGCCAUCAGAGAAUUCACACUGGAGAGAAACCUUAUAAAUGUCAAGAAUGUGGAAAAGCUUUCAGUCAAUAUGCAACUCGUAAUAAACACCAGAGAAUUCAUACUGGAGAGAAGCCGUAUAAAUGUAAGGAUUGUGGCAAAGGCUUUAGCCAGGGCUCAGGCCUUAUGUACCAUAAGAGAGUUCACACUGGAGAGAAGCCUUAUAAAUGUAAGGAUUGUGGUAAAGACUUCAGCCAGCUCUCAGGUCUUACUUGCCAUCAGAGAACUCACACUGGAGAGAAACCUUAUAAAUGUCAAGAAUGUGGAAAAGCUUUCAGUCAAUGCUCUACUCUUAGUCAACACCAGAGAAUUCAUACUGGAGAGAAGCCUUUUAAAUGUAAAGAUUGUGGCAAAGACUUUAGGCGCUGCGCAGCUCUCACUACACAUUUGCGAGUGCAUACUGGAGAGAAACCGUAUAAAUGCACAGAAUGUGGCAAAGCCUUUAAUCGGAAAUCAAUUCUCACUAAACAUCUGCGAGUUCAUUCUGGAGAGAAACCUUAUAAAUGUACAGAAUGUGGCAAAGCCUUUAAUCAGAAAUCAGCUCUCACUACACAUUUGCGAGUGCAUACUGGAGAGAAACCAUAUAAAUGUACAGAAUGUGGCAGAGCCUUUAAUCAGAAAUCAAUUCUCGCUACACAUCUGCGAGUUCGUACUGGAGAGAAACCUUAA